AUGGCGAAUUCUGUAACCUCAGAGUCUAGCCCUGGGAGCCAGGCGUCAACCCAAAACGAUCAAUCUCAGCGCGAUAGCGGGGUUAUUGCGACGCAGACAUUGCAAGAACCAAUCGACUGGGACUCAAAUGGGACGACCUGGAAGAAGCUGGACUACCGUCCUUCGGUCCUGAAGACAUGGGUCUUGCUGCUCGCUUUCAUCUUCAACUGCGCUGUCAUCGCUGGGCUUGUCACGUUUCAUUUCAAGCGCGUUAUCAGCGUCAACACUGCCACUUACUACGGUUUGAAUGCGUUGCUCAUCAUCGUCGCCAUCCUCUACGAAGAUUAUACCGAACCAGGACUGUUUGUCAACCUCUGGGCGUAUUACACAUUGCUGGCAUUCUACAGUAUCAUUCAAACUUAUCUUCUGAUAUUAAUCCUGUACUUUUGGAAAACACCAACGACAGGUCUGCGGUGGGACCCAGUUUCCAUUGCCGAUAUCCUGAGUCUGUUCCGGCACUCCGAUUUCCUGAAUAAGUUCAAGGGAUCUUCUAUCGCAAAAAGACAAUCGAUGAACUCCGAGCUUGGAGACCUCCGCAUUCGCCUCGGAUACUGGAGGAUGUCAGAGGGAACCCACUGGCACGGCUUCGCCUUGAUCGGUAUUUGA